UCUCCAAACCUGCCAAAAGCAGCUGGAAGGAAUAAACCAAUUUUCUGAGCUCUCUCAGCCUUUUAGGCGGGGAGGGCAGGGAAUGAAGCAAGGGCAGAGUCGCUGAUAAAAGCCUCCCUGGAGCACUUCUGCUCCUAUCCAUCUCCCUGCCGCUAUCCAGCUCCUCCCCUCAGCACUCACGGUGCCGCCCAGCAUCCAGCGCCUGACACAGAUUAACCAGCGCUCUCCAGGGACGGUGCCGCACCGGGACUGCUCCCGCUCCACGCCUGGGGGAUUCUGCAACACGCGGAGGCAGCAGCUUCCCUCCAGCCUGCGACAGCGACAGACACAGCUCUGCUAACACCACAUGGCCACUGCGGGAAAAGUUAUCAGGUGCAGGGCUGCUGUUGCCUGGGCCCCGGGCAAACCACUCUCUGUUGAGGAGGUGGAAGUUGCACCCCCAAAGGCAGGGGAAGUCCGGAUCAAGAUUGUGGCCACAGGCAUCUGUCACACUGAUGAUCAUAUUUUGAAAGGUUCCUUGCCUAAUGUGGAAUUCCCAGUUAUCCCUGGCCAUGAAGGAGCUGGGAUUGUGGAAAGCAUUGGACAAGGAGUGACCUCUGUGAAACCAGGAGACAAAGUGAUCCCACUUUGCCUCCCUCAGUGUGGGGAAUGCAGCUUCUGCCAGAAUCCUGAAUCCAACUGCUGCCAGAAGUCCCAUUUCUCUGAACCACAAAACCUGCUGCCGGACAAGACCAGCCGCUUCUCUUGCAAAGGGAAGCAGAUCCACCACUUCCUGUGGGUCAGCACCUUUGCAGAAUACACCGUGGUCCCAGAAUACGCCGUUGCCAAGAUAGAUGCUGCGGCACCUCUGGACAAAGUCUGCUUGUUUGGCUGUGGGUUUUCCACAGGCUAUGGGGCUGCCAUCAACACAGCCAAGGUAAAACCAGGCUCCACCUGUGCUGUCUUUGGCCUUGGAGGAGUUGGCCUCUCUGUUGUCAUGGGCUGCAAGGCAGCUGGAGCUUCCCGCAUCAUUGCUGUGGACAUCAAUAGCGACAAGUUUGCCAAGGCCAAGGAGCUGGGAGCCACCGACUGCGUCAACCCUCGAGACUUCAAGAAGCCCAUCCAGGAGGUGCUCACUGAGAUGACCAGGCAGGGCGUGGACUACUCCUUUGAGGCCAUCGGGCAUGUGGACACCAUGAUUGCUGCCUUGGCUUCCUGCAAUAUGAACACUGGUGUCUGUGUGAUGGUUGGGGUACUUGAUUCAGAGAUUUCCAUUGAUCCUGUGCUUCUGCUGACUGGGCGUACAUGGAAGGGGACUAUGCUUGGAGGCUGGAAGACGAGGGAAUGUAUCCCCAAAUUAGUUUCCAGCUACUUGGAGAGGAAAUUCAAUUCAGACUUGCUGAUCACGCACACGCUGCCAUUCGCUAAAGUGAACGAGGGAUUUGAGUUGUUACAUGCAGGAAAAAGUAUCCGCACUGUACUGCUCUUCUGAAGGACACAGCCCAGGAAGCCAAGCGGAGGGACCAGUGCAGCAGAUGCUCUCCUGGCCCGGGCCCUUCUCAACCAGCACCUCUCCUUGUGGGGCACCAGGAGAAGAGAAUGAGGAACUCACCUGUGCUGGAGUCACUGCUGGUCCUGCUGUGCCUGGACAAAAUCCAGAUAGAUGUCUCUCCCAAAGAAAUGCUUUUACUAAUAAAGGGUUUCAUUCAAACUCA